UUUCUGGUCAAGAAACACUGUCAUCCUGUGCUGUCCUUCUCUACAUCAUGUCUUUCGCAACAACCGAUGAUGGCCAGGAGAUCUACUAUGAGCUCCACGGAACAUCUGGCCCGCUUCUAGUCUGCAUAUCCGGCUACUUCGGUGUCUCGGAUCUCUGGAAGCCCUUGAUCUCACUAUUGGGAUCGAACUAUCGCUGCCUUACUCUCGACUCCCGCGGCUACGGGCGCUCCUCGAAGCCCGAUACGCCAGAGCUUUACAGCGUGCCACGACACGGCGAGGACGUCGCGACCGUCCUCAAGACUGCAGGUCUCAGCGCCGAGCCCAAGAUUUUAUUGACGCACUCAAUGGGCGGGAACAUUGCCAGCUCCUACUUUCUCUCCCAUCCGACAAGUGUGUCUGGUAUCAUCUAUACGGGUACCUACUACGACGGACCAAAUAUGGCUCGCUUUCUAUCGCGCGAAGACCUCUGGGCGGGCGCCGAGAGCCCAUCCAAAUGUGUGGAUUUCUACGCGAAUAUGAAGCUUUCGAAGGAUAUUGCCCAGGAGGCUGCCAAAUGGCCUGCUCAUAUUCGCAAACACAACGGUAUUGCGCUUGCUAGCUUUGCAAUGGCCGGCCGCUACGCCGAAAUUACGGUGCCUACUGCCAUCAUUCAGGGAGCGGAGGACUUUGCGGGCCCUAUUGGGAUCACUAUCGAUCCCAUGGUGGCAGAAUUGCCCUCAUGCAAGCUGACGACGCUGCCUGGAGUCUACCAUUUUCCUCCGACUGAGGCGCCUUUCGAGGUCAAACAGGCCAUUGAGGACUUCAUCCGUGCUCUAUAGUGUUUUGGCAUAAGUUCACGAGGCAAGCCAUGUAUGAAGUUCAACCGGUCUAUAGAAGUCAAAUUCCCAAUAAUCAAGGUUUUUUU